CUGGGCUUCCAAAUCUUUAAUAGCAAUUUUAGUCCAAGCUUGACUUACUUUGCCUCAAUGCUUCUGCCUUUCACUCAGGGAAAAUUCAUCCCUAACUACAAGUGUGGGAUCACAAAUACUUUGGCUGCGGUCAUUGGGGCACCUGACAUCUCUCUUCACAUGGCAGCUAUAUUGUGCAUCUACAAAUUUCCUCAGUUGACUUAUGGUCCUGCUCCAGUCAUGGAUAAAGAGACUCAAGCAGUUUUCUUCCAACAUAUGUUUCCAGAUGAAUCCCACCAACCUAAGGGCCUCCUGCAGUUAUUACUGUAUUUUAGAUGGAUCUGGAUUGGAAUUCUUGUAGUAAAGGAUGAGAAAGGAGAGAAAUUUGUCCAGGAGGUGUUCCCUACAUUUUCUGAGCAUGGCAUCUGCGUUGAAUUCAUAGCAGAAUUACCAAAUGUAGCUUUUUACAGUGACUUUAUUGAUACUAUGGAGGAAGGAUUACAUAUAUUCCAUGUUCUCAUGAACAGCACAGCCAAUGUGAUAAUCUUAUAUGGUAAAAUUCAGUCCUUAUCACUUCUGAGAACUUUCCUCCAGUUUUCAGAAGUGGAGGAUAUCCCAAGGAAGAAAAAGAUUUGGCUUAUAACUGCUCAGUCAGAUUACACUUCAGUUGCUGUUCAUAAAUCUUUGGACAUCCAUUUCCUACAUGGUGCUUUAUCCUUUGCAGUUCACACAAAGGAGGUCCAAGACUUCCAGGAAUUUCUUCAAAACCUAAAUCCAAACAACAAUAAUCAAGAUCACUUUCAGAAAGAUUUCUGGGAACAGGCAUUUGAUUGCUUCUUUUUGAAUUCAAAAAUUGAGACAUCUGAGAAGAAAUGUACUGGAUGGGAGAGGCUUGAGACCCUUCCUACAUCUGUGUUUGAAACACGCAUGAGUGGACAGAGUUACAAUAUUUACAAUGCAGUCUAUGCUGUUGCACAUGCUUUGCAAUCACUCACUCUAUUCAAAUCUAGAAAAAUGACAAUAGAGAAAGAAGGAAGAAAACAAUUUCACAAUCAAGUGUUGUGGCAGGUGCUUUGGAGAAUUGGUUGACUCCCUCUUCUUUAUGGCAACCCCUUAGAUAUUGGAACACUUCUUGGUUCAUUCCUUUCUGAGAAAUGUCAGAUUCAACAACAAUGUUGGUGAAAUGAUUUCCUUUGAUAGAAAUGGAGAAUUCAUUGGUGGUUAUGAUAUUAUCAACUGGAUCACAUUCCCAAACCAGUCUUUUUUUAGGGUCAAAGUUGGAGUGGUAGAUCCCACAGCUCCAGCACACAAAUUCUUCAAUAUUUCAGUAGAUUCCAUUACUUGGCCUGUAGGCUU